AUGAAUUAAGAAUAACAAAGAAAAUUAUAUUGGCAUCAUUUUAUUGCUGGCUUAGUUGGAGGAUUCAUCAGCGUAACUGUAUGCCACCCUUUGGAAGUAGCCAGAAGCAGAUUAAACCUCUAAGUAAUCAAUUAACCAUUUUAAGAAUGCUACCAAAUCAAUCAAUAAAUAUCGCGGCUUCAUUAACACUCUCUGUGUUAUCUAUAAAGAGGAGGGUCUGGCCGGUUACUACAAAGGUAAAAAGUGUAGUCAUUAAAAAGGCUAUCGAGCUACAGCAGUCGCUAAUCCAAUAUUUCAUUCGCUUUUCUUUCCACUCUAUAAAUGGAACAAGGAAACCUUGGAAUUCCAAUAUGGAAUCUCUGGUUUCCAGAAUCAUCUCUUGGCAACCAUAAUCACAGGGUUUGUUUGUGAUUUAAUUACUAAUCCUUUAUGGGUAUAUUAAUGCAACUAACUUUUAUUUAAAGUUAAUCAGAACUAGAAUGUAAACAUAAUACUUGCAUGAUCACAGUCAUCCAAAAUAUACAUCUGUUUUCAGGGGAUUAGUCACUUUGUAUAAAGAAGUAAUCAAUUCAAUAUCAUUUCAGGAAGGCUUCCUUGCUUUGUACAAAGGUCUUGGAGCCACUGUGUUGGGUCUAUCUCAUGUCGCAGUCUAAUUUCCAAUUUACGAGAGGUUGAAAUAAAAUUAUACCGAUAAGAAUGGUUAGCUUUUGCCUGUUGAUAUUCUCAAAGCCUCAAUAUUGUCAAAAUGUAAUCAUAUCAAAAUUAUCCUUAUAUAGCAAUCGCAGUCUUAGUAACUUAUCCUCAUGUAGUUAUACGAACUAGAUUACAUGAUAAUAAAACUGUUUAUAAGAGUGGCCUCAGAUCAAGAGUUAGAAUUAUUGAUAUUUGUAGAGUUAUAUAUGAAUAAGAUUCUAUUGGAGGAUUCUAUAAAGGAUUAAUACCAGAUUUAAUAAGGGUAUUACCUACAAAUAGCAUAACAUUUCUUGUUUAUGAACUCUUCAGUUAAUACUUAGGAAAGCAUUUUUGAAUCCAUAUAUGCAUUUAAAUAUUU